CCCGCUCAGUCCAGUUCUGCCACCCUGCUCCUCUCCCGGGCUGGUUCAGCUCAUUCGGCUUCUCGGACGCUGCCGGGACUCCCACGCUGCCACCCCUCGCCACGGGAGAUGAUGCUCACCGUGGUUUUCCUCCUCCUGAGCCUCCUGCGGAUGGUGGCAGCCAAGGGCGGGUGGUGCCCGGCCUGCGGGGUGGCCGCGCUGGCCCCCGGAGCGCAGCGGGACGCGCUCCUGGCUCUGGCCAAGCAGAGCAUCCUGGCCAAGCUCCGCUUGCCAGCCAGACCCAGCGCCCCCCAGCCCCCGGCCCGCGGCGCUCUGCUGGCCGCGCUCCGCAGGAUGCGAGCGCAGCGCUCGGACACUCCGGGGAUGCUCCGGGAGCCGACCCGGCCCGGGAUGGGGCUGCAGCGAUACGAGAUCCUGAGCUUUGCUGAGUCAGGAUCCUCCACUUCCCGCAGCGUCCGCCUGCAUUUCCGCUUCUCCCAGGAGGUGGCUGGCAGCACCGAGAUCCUGCAGGCCACCCUCUACCUGUUCUGGGCAGGCCCUGGGGCUGGGGCACAGCCUGUCACCGUCAGGCUCCUGCAGCCAGACCCAGCGGGGCUAAACACGACGGUGGCCAGCGAGACACGGCUGGAGGUGCAGAGAUCCGGCUGGACCACGCUGGACAUCGGAGCCGCCGUCCGGAGCCUCUUCGGACAAGAGACCCCACGGCUCACGGUGGAACUGGAGGUGCCGGAGGACUGGGGGUCCCCUCUUCCAUCCCACCACGGUGACUCCCACUGGCCAUUCGUGGUGGCCCAAGCCCAAGCCAGGACACCGCACCGCGUCCAUCGCCGCGGCGUCGAUUGCGGCGCGGACUCGCGGAUGUGCUGCCGCCAGGAAUUCUUUGUGGAUUUCAAGGAGAUCGGCUGGGAGGACUGGAUCAUCCAGCCGGAGGGGUACCACAUGAAUUUCUGCGCGGGGCUGUGCCCGCUGCACAUGGCCAGCGUUCCCGGCUUGGCCGCCUCCUUCCACACCGCCGUCCUCAACCGCGCCCGCCGGAGCCCCGAUGUCACCGGCGAGGAGGAGGAGGAGCAGGGCUACGAGAUCAUCAGUUUCGCGGAGACAGAUCUCACAUCUCCCUCCAGUUUGGGGCUGCAAUUCCAGUUCAGCCAAGCGCAGGACCAGGACAUUCGCAUCCUGCAGGCUCAGCUCUGGCUCUACCUGCGGGUGCCCCGGGCCAGCCUCACCCUGAGGAUCUUCCUGGCCGGCGAAGCCGCGGGCAAUCGCACGCUGCUGGGGGAGAGGCGGCUGAGCACGGCGGGCAGCGGCUGGCGCUCCUUCCCCGUCCUGCCCGCCCCGCAGAGCUUCUCUGGGGGGCAGAGCCGGACCCUGCGGCUGGAGCUGCAGAGCCGCGGGGACGGCAGCGAUGUCACGGCGCAGGUCAAUGCCAGCUGGUCCCACCAGCCCUUCCUGGUGGCCAAGGUGAAGGUGAGGGAGCCCGACCACCGCGUGGCCAAGCGCAGCCUCCGCUGCAGCCAGAACUCCAACCUGUGCUGCCGCAAGGAUUACUACGUGGACUUCCGCGACAUUGGUUGGAACGACUGGAUCAUCAAGCCCGAGGGCUACCAGAUAAACUACUGCGUGGGCCAGUGCCCUCUGCACGUGGCAGGCAGCCCUGGCAUGGCCUCUUCCUUCCACACAGCCGUCUUCAACCUCGUCAAAGCCAACAACGUGCAGGCGUCGGGGAAUUCCUGCUGCGUGCCCACGCGGCGCCGCCCGCUCUCCGUUCUCUACUUCGAUCGCAACAGCAACAUUGUCAAGACUGAUAUUCCCGACAUGAUUGUUGAUGCUUGUGGCUGUAGUUAGGGCUGGGGGAGCUGUGCUGGGACCCUCCCUUCUCCAGGACUGUCAGUCUGGUGGAGGGGGAGGGAGCUGGAGAACUCCACGAGCAGGAGUCAGCACACAGUGCAAUCCACGGACCCUUUGGAAAGGCUGGGGGGGAGAGGGUCCCAUCAGGGGGA